AUGCAUUUGCCUCUACUCCUCUCCCUCUUGUCAUGUCUUACACUGUUUGUCUAUAGUGCACCUGCGCGCUAUCAGGGAGAACUAGACCUCGCGCUGCGUGAUUUCAGCGACAUUGUCCAGCGGUCGCCAGAUCUCCAAGAUGACUUUAUGUCUUUAUGGAAGCGCGCAGGGCAGGUGUUGGUAAUCCACCUGCAGGGCCACGAACUUCAUCUGGAGAGGUUCGCAAACCAGGGAAACUCGCACAGUAUAGUCUACACCGUAGCAACACCCGGACCUAUGCACGGUGACUUCGCAAAGACGAACGUCGCGGAGAACGAACUGCAUGCCACGACUGCCGCUGGUGCUGUAAAGUUCAGCGGACUGGACUCUACGGGCAGGCGGUGGAUGAUCGUCCAGAGGUCGCCCGGCAUGCACAUCACACAGACGGGCGCGUUCAGGCACGUAGCGCAUGACCCGGUGCACUGCGAUGCCAUGCUUCGUCAUGCUGCGCAGUUGGCGGCGGCGACGAUGGUGCACUACUGGCAACAUACACAUGGCUGGCUGCAGAACGAUCCCAACCCGCAGAACGUCCUCUUCGACGACCACAUGUCAGUUGCCCAUCUGAUUGACUGGGGGCAGGCAAGGUACUCGCAUACACCGGACCGCGCCUCCUCCGAAGGGGGGACCGAGGGUUGGCGGUACCUCGAAGCCGGCGAAGGGAUCGUCCAAGAGGGUUACAAUGCAUUUUUGAGACAGCGUUAUAUGGGUUAA